AUGUCUUUCUCAAAACUCCUCUCUUCGCUUUAUCUUGUAAGCUUUCUUCUUCUUGUUCUUUUGAAAGCUGUUUCCGGCGACGACCCAAUCUAUCACAUUUGUUCAAGCUCCGGCACUUUCUUCACAGAAGACUUUUACGACGGAAGCCUACGACGCCUCUCAGCUUUACAGUCGUCUGAAACACCUGCAAACAAAGGUUUCAGUUUGGCUAUGAUGGGUGAAGUGUACGGACUCGCUCUUUGUCGGUUUGAUGUCGUGGAUGUAGACUGCUCGAGCUGCGUUGUUGAUGCAAGCAAAGAGAUUCGCAACCGUUGCCCGAAUAUAAAAGGCGCAACCAUAGGCUACGAUAAAUGCUUAUACAAGUAUGAAAAUGAGAAUUUCUUUAGUAUAGUUGACUACCAAUCGGCGGUGACUUGCGACCCUGGCAAUGCCAAGGAGCCGGCGGCGACAUUUAACGGAGUCAGAAGAGAUUUAUUGAUCCACCUUGCCGUAGGAGCUAAUCAGUCUGAACUGAUGUACGCAAACGGAAGUCGGGGGCUCGCGGGAUCGGAGAAGCUUUAUGGGUUUGCGCAGUGCACGAGGGACUUGAUUUUCCUAGAUUGUUUGACUUGUUUAGAUUAUGCAAUCAUGAGAGUUUCCUCUGUGUGUAAUGGUAAACGAGGAGGACGCAAUUCGGGUGGGAGCUGCAUCUUAAGAUAUGAGAUGUACCAAUUGCUCAACAAUUGA